CGAGAGAAGACCACCCUUUCAUUUUGUAAUUUGUAUUCUCAGACCAACAGUACAUUGGUGGUUGAAGUCAAAGCGGUGCCACUUCACAUCGAUGAUUUGGAACCCCAUCAUAGAAAACAAGAAACAUACGAUUUGGAAUCAUGGUCAGGGAUCACUAGUUCUCAUUGUCCCAAAUGUAAAGGAGCAACCAGACGCCCACGACCUGUUCGAUGAAACGCCACAGAGAAAUUGACAAUCUCUUCGCUAAACUUUGGAACAGAGCCUACGAUCAUGGCGAAUUUGCGGGCGAAGGGGGGUCAACCUGCUUCUCCUCGUGCUUCCGACGACGGCGUUGUUUCUGAUGACCUCCUCCAAUUUGAAAUGGAGUUGCAGGCUCAUCGUGAGGCCACGAAUACUCGGCUGGAUGAGACUAACGCGCAACUUGCAGAUCUGAAGUCCUCGAUGCAGGCUCAGCUGCAGCAGUUUCAAACGAUGAUGAUGGAAGGGAUUCAACAACAACUCGCACAGCUCAAACCUAGCAUGGGACAAUCGAGUGGAACACAGGUGGUGUUUACUCCGCAAAAGGGUGUGCUACCUACGGAAGGGGGUUCAGCUACCUCUUCAACCAUGGCUCGUUGUGAGGGUAAUUUUUCACCUAGAAAUAAUAUUUUUGUUGAUCAUACUGGUGAUAAGGCUGAGAUUCAUGAUAUUGUUGAUGAUUUGUUGGAAGUUGCUUCUGUGGGUUGCAAUAAGAACCUAGUAGUUAAACCUAAAUCUGUGUUUAACAAACCGAUAGGAGUGAAUUCCAUGAAUGGUGAUGGUUUAUCUAGUUUUUCUGCACCUUUACCAACUCAGACAUAUGCUCAAUUUAGUGCUAAUAUGGUCAAUCCUGAAGCUUAUCCUUACAUGUUUCCUUAUGGCAUUCCUAUGUUUGGCAAUUUUGCUCAGUUUAUACCACCACAACCACCUCCUCUCAUGCCUUUGGGCUCCCCUACCCACAAGAACAACUGCUCCACUUCCUUCGACCGCCAAAUUUCAUUUAACAAAACUCCAUACAACUUCUCAAUAAACACAACCGAACCAAACCAAUGGUGUGGGUAA